CCAUUUCUGUCCAGAGUUCGUCUCGGCUUCAGCCUCUGACAGAAAGACUGAGACAAGAAGAGACAGAGAAGAGCAGAGGAGAGAACAAUGUUUGACUUCACAUCACUUCACUUCCCUCUGUUUCUGACAUGGAUGCUCACAUUUACAGAGGCUCAAACAUUUGAACAGAAGACUGUCAGAGUUGGAGAUGAAGUCACUUUGAAAUGUGAAAAUGGAAAUGAUUUCAAUGAUGGAUGUUCCAGAAUCACCUGGCUGUACAGUAAUUCAAAACAAACAUUUACCCUGUUUGAACUCAGGAAGAUUCACAAAGAUGUUGGAUCUAAAUCAGACAGACUGAGUCUUACAGAGAAAUGUUCUCUGGUGAUAAAGAAGAUCACAGAUGAAGAUGCUGGAAGUUACACCUGCAGACAGUUCAGCAUAUCAGGACAACAGGAAACAGAUUUUCAGGUUGGACUGAAUGUUAUAAAGAAAAAUGAUGUCAGAUCAACUAGGGAAACACUUAAACCAACAUCCAAACCAUCUUCUGCAUCAACAUCUGCAGCUGAAUCCACAACAACCUCAGAAUCAGUUCUGUCUACAUCCAAACCAUCAACUGCAACAGAUCAUCUCUCUAAAGCAGACAUGACAGCAGUGAUCAUUGCAGCUGUAAUUGUUGCAGCAUGCUUACUAGUUGUUGUCGUGUUGAUGGGAUGGAGGAGGAUUAAAGAAAGAAAAACACAAAUUGAGGAAAAUAUGCUGCAGACUCCUCCAGAAGAUGUUGGUUCCUACGCCUCCAUCAGAUUCUCCAGGAACACCAACAACAGGCAGCAGGUUGUGGACAAAGACGAUGAAGGAGAUGCAGUGACCUACAGCACUGUCAAAGUGUCCUCUUCUUAUGCUCACGUCCACACUGAUCCCAUCAGCCUCCAUUAAACCAACAGAUGAGAGUCACAGCAAAUGUUCCUCCUGAGGCUUUGUUGUGUUAGAACAGUGUUUCCCUGACCCUGGUCCUCAGAGAACAGUAAUCUGCAUUUUUUCAAUCCAGCCCUGCUCAAACACACCUGCCUUUGAUGACUGUCAUCAUCAGGCUUCUGCAGAGCCUGAUGAUGAGCUGAAUCAGGUCUGGAUAAGCAGGGAAACAUGGGAAACAUGCAGGACAGUGUUAAUGAGGACCAGGGUUGGGAAACACUUAGUUAGAAUCCUGCAUUUAGAUCUUGAAGAUCAUGUUUUUUUGGAGGCUGCAGGACUUUCACUUCACAUCUGGUUAUUUUAACCUUCAUUGAAUACCUAUUACCUAAACCCCCACUUCAUGGUAAUAAAUUGCUGCAAACCUGCAGGCACCAAAUGUUGCAGUUCCCUAAAAGGUCACUGAAGGCAGCUUUCAAAAGGGAACAACUUCACCAAAAAUAAACCUGUAUGGUUCUAAAAACAUUGAUAAUAUACCGGUACUUUUCUUUACAACGUUCAUUCUAUAUAUAUAUAUAUCGUAGUUCACCUUUCCAUGCUUUUUUUCUCUCUGUUGUGUAUUGUGUUCCCUGUUCCUAUCAGCUAUAGAUUAUGGUGAACAAAUCUCCAUCGGGCCACGUCUGAUGUACAGAAUCCUUCAAACGGCCACAUUUACAUUAACAUUCUAUGAUUGCAGGUUUUAUUAUCCGUCAAUAAUACUGGACUUAUUUUUUAUGAUGGUUUGAACUUUGAGAGUUUAAACAAGAGAGAAAAGUCUGAAGAUGUUCAUGACUGUGUGAGAAAAGUCUAUAAAUGUGUAGUGAGGAUUUUACUGCCUUAAAACUUUUAGUUAUUGUGAAAAAUAAAGUCGACUACUUCACAGA